UUUGGGUUUAUGCAGGUAAGCGGCUUAUUAUAGUGCCGAUUGUUUUUAAAAUGUCUAGUAAGAAGAGUUUUACUGGAAAAGUUAUAUUACUCUCUCUAUUCGUAUCUCCAAUACUAGCAGAAUGGAAUACACAAGAUUAUAUAAGGAGAGAGCAUUCUCUUACAAAGCCCUAUCAAGGAAGUGGUAUGGCGUUGCCGUACUGGGACUUUUUAGGUAGCACAAUUGUAACGUCUAAUUAUGUACGGCUCACUCCCGAUUUGCAAUCAAAAUCGGGAGCUAUAUGGAAUACACACCCAUGUCAGACAAGAAAUUGGGACUUGCAAGUACAAUUCAAAGUACAUGGCAAAGGCAAAGAUUUAUUUGGAGAUGGUUUUGUAAUCUGGUAUGUCAAAGACCGCAUGCAAAAUGGGCCUGUGUUUGGUAGCAAGGACUACUUUAGUGGUCUGGCUAUUGUCUUGGAUACCUACAGCAAUCACAAUGGUGCACACAAUCACCAGCACCCAUACAUCUCUGCUAUGGUGAAUAACGGGUCCAUGCAUUAUGACCAUGACAGAGAUGGAACUCAUACGCAAUUGGCAGGCUGUGAAGCUAAGUUCCGUAACUACAACCAAGAUACAUACAUUUCUAUUAUAUACAAGGAUGACACACUUGUAGUCUCAACAGACCUAGAGGGCAAAAAUGCUUGGAAAGAAUGCUUCCGGGUAGAGAACGUGUUGUUACCCACGGGGUACUACUUCGGCGCAUCCGCCACCACUGGGGACCUAAGCGACAACCAUGACAUCAUUGCCGUCAAGAUGUAUGAGCUUGACCUACUGGAGUCUCAAAACCAAAACGAGGAUCGAUCGCAAAUAAUCCCAUCAGCCGCGACUUUCGAUGCGCCGCGAGAGCACGUUGAAGAUGAAAAACCAGCCAUGUCAGGUGUUAAAACAUUCCUUUGGAUGAUGUUCGUGGCCAUCAUUAUCAUAGUGCUGGUUGUGUGUGGAAUUAUGUGGUAUCAAAAGAGGCAGGAGAACGCUCGGAAACGACUUUAUUGAUACUGUAACAAAUCGCCACUUUCGUUGAGUAAGAGGCAAUACAAUUUUAUUUUUCAAAAUUGCUGCCCUCUUAAUACUAUUUACUUGAUUCAACGUAGACUCAAUUAACAUAAUCAUAUACUUUUUAUAACUAAAUCUGUCUUCAAAUAACAUACAAUUUAGUUUUUUGUAUAACCUGAUUGGGAGUUUGGUGUCCCAUAUUUAAUCAACCGUAUACAUAUUAUAGUGUUAUUUUGACUAAAACCCGGGUAAGAGAUAAAUUCGGUAAAAAUAAUUAAUUCAGUGGCGAAAGGGUUUAGAUUUGGGUUAUAAGAAAUUGUUAAAUAAGGUUGGAAGGGUCUUGACCGAAGUUUCUUGAGGUCACUUUAUUUCCCAUUUCAAACGGAAACAUCUAUUAAGUGCUAUUGUUAAGUCAUGCGGUACGCGUUUGUAUACGUAGCAAGCAGUACUCUUCCAUCUUUAUUAACCGUUACGUGGUAAUAUGACGUCUCGAUAAUACUUUCAUAUAUAUGUAUUGGUACUAGUGCUGAUGUCCAACUGUCUAGACUACAAAAAAAUAUGUAACGCAUUUUUGGUCAUGCUACUUUGAUGGGAGAAAUGGCGGGCUGAUUCGCUUGCCUAUCGAAUUAAGAAAACAAAUUGUUCCAAACAUGUUGUUGAUUGUGGAAUUUUCUGGUAGUCUAACCUGUAAGCUUGUCGAUAUCCGAAAUAUUAAAAACAUGAAUAAUAAAUGGUACAUCAGAACUAGUAUUGAUAAAAGAACUUAACUCGAUUUACGAAUUAAGAGUUAUAUCAAUCAAAAGGUUGGCAAGUAAUUACUCAAGUCAAUGAUGUAGCAAAUUUGUCCUUAUGCUGUAGUUAUUUAUAUUAUAAUGUAUCAUUAUAAACAUACAGGUUUAUAUAAUUUAACACUGUUUUUGCUUUUUUUUUAUUUUAUUUAGAUGUAACCAUCAAUCUAUGUAAACAACAUUCUCAAUAUUUAAGAAAGUCACUUUUAUUUUUAUAAGAGAACCUUCACUGUAUUUUUGUUUAUAUUUAAAGCCAAAUUAAGUGUUAUAUAUUUAGUAGUAAUAGGGAACAAUUUAAAUGUUUAAUUAAUGAAAAUAAUGAAUUAGCGUAUGUUAAGCCGUCUAAAACAUAUAUCUGGUAAUAAGUACAAAUUUAUAUUUUAAAAUGUAUACAUACACAUAUACUCUUAGACCGGCUUCCAAACGCUUGUCAAGUGUUUUUCAUUUUAGUUCACGGCUUAUCAUAUUAAGCUAAUACAGUGGAAUCUCGAUAACUCGAAUGUAAAGGGAACUGGAAAAAAUACAAGUUAACGAGUUUUUGACUAACAAAAUCUUCGAGAUACAUAUUAUUUAAUUUUUCGACUUACAGAGGCGCAAUUUCUAAGUGCAUUUUUCGGUUUUAGUUCGAAUUUCGGGGAAGUAAGACGUCAUUAUAUUUUACUAACUACGACUUACGACUCCUUUUUGAAAUUCGACUUAUAGAGUAUAAAUAUGUAUUAUCAAUACUUCGUACUUUUGUUCGAGUUACAAAGUAUUAUAUAUAUUUAGGGAUUCAGCGGAGGGGAAUGGCAAUUUUUUCGACUUACUGAGGAUUUCUAGUUAUCGAGAUUCCACUGUAUAUAGAUUUGUGAUAAAAUUUAAAUAAUUACUAUGCAAUAAUUUAUCUAAGUUAAAUAUCAUAUCAAAUUUUGUGAAAAUAUAGUUUGCACACUACAAGCAUAACUCGGUCCGAUCAUAUGUCACCAACCUAUAAAACUCAAACUUAUGCUUGUGACAAUGUUAUAUUUAUUUACUAAUUUAGGAACUUUUCCAAACAAUGAUUAUUUGCUUUAGUGACAACAAUUAUAGUCAUCACAAUAUUAUCUAAAUAUUGGAACAAUUUCAAAUAAUUUUAUGUACUUUUUUUAUAUAAUGGCAAUGCCAGUUUCAAGUAAAAAUGCAUAGAUUACUACUAUUACUGUCAAAAAAAAAACUAUUGUAGCACUUUGUACCUCAUACACGAGAAAAGAAGUUUGAAGGAGGUUCUUGUCAGUGUCAGUGAAUUAUGUGUUAUAUUUGGCGCAACUGACUAAACAGUCUAAUCAAUUUUCUUUGUCCAUGUAAAUUCAUAAAAUCAUCUAUAGCAAUUUAAGUAUUCAUUUUCAUUUUUAAAAGCUUUUGACGUUGAUUUAGAAGAAAUUCAUUAUUCCUACAUUGCUCAACUAUUUUAUUGCGUAAAACCUGUUUAAUAAUCCCACUCUGAAUUACGGUUUAAUAAUAGACUAAAGAGUUUAUGUGAAUACCAUAGAGUGUUUGUGACCAUUUGUGAGUUCCUUUUGAUUUAUUUUAUUAUUGUAAACCUAAACAAAAAAGUGUAAUAUAAAGUUUUUAUUUAUUGAAAAACAACCAUAGAAUAAUUGUAUCUAAACAACCAAUAAUAUGUAGUUAUUGGUUUGUGGAUUCAGUUUUCGCACUUAGACUCUCAAUAGGUCCCGUUGGUCGUAAAGUCUUGGCUAACUAUGCCAACGCGUUGGAGCUAAUGCUCGACAUGGUGUUGGCAAGCGUCGGUAGUUGAUCAUUUGUGACCCGGAACCACCUUUUUGCCUCUACGCUUCGUAUUGAACCUUCCACGAUUGGGACCUUCCCGUAUACAAGAUAAUCCGCCGACUACAGAGUCUCAUCUUUAUUGAUGAUCAGACCUAGUUUAGUUGUCCCUCUCUCUACUGCAUCCAUGAUAUUCUUGUUCUCUCUAAUGAUUCCUGCUAUUGCCUCAAUUUUUUCUUAUAUCGCAUAUGACCUGAUUGUCUCCCUGAGCAAGCAAUGAAACCUUUGUGUUUCUAUUCAUGGAUUCUCUUCUUAUGACUAAGAGAUUUACCACACUCCAACCCUUAUGUCUCAGUCCUUCGAGCCCCCCUUGUUGACCUUCCCAACACACUGUCUGGUCCCCCUUGUUUUGUACUUUCCCAUUAACUACCCUCAUUAAAUCUGGUCUGUUAUUAUAGUAUACCAAACUUUUUUGGAAGAAUUCAUGGGUUCUCGAUAUAAGUGAUUCAAUUACGAGAAACUUAUUCGUGACUUUGAAUACAGGAUUGUUUGCCUCGUCCCUUUGGUGGUUGUUCCAUUUCGUAUAAUCUAUGUGGUUUGCAAUAUAGAUGGUCUCGUAGUCGUCGUUUCUCUGACCCGAUGAAUUAUCCAUAAGUUUCUUGAUGACUGCGUUUAAGUCAUCCGCCAUAGAAAGCCCUUUAAAUAAUGGAACAAAAUGAGUUUUAAUCAGAUACUUGGUGACAACGAAAUAUUCUCUUACCUCCCAAGUCAUUAGUGAGAAGAACCUCCCAUCCGGCUUCAUUUCUCGUUCUUUGGCCUUGAGUCCAAUUGCAAGGCUGUCCUCUUGUAAACCAAACUGGUCGAUUUGCUGGAGAAACUCAUUCCAAUUGGUCUCUUUCUUCUUUAAAAGAGUCUCUUGAACUUUCUUACUUGGAAUGGGAUUGUUUGGAUCAUUCCUGAUAUGAUUUAUCACCUCUCUUUUCUGCAUAGAAUGACUUUUGUCUGCAUAUAUUAUAGAAGGAUCUAUCAUAUCAGGAACGUUGAACACUUCUUCUGCAUAGAAUGACUUUUGUCUGCAUAUAUUAUAGAAGGAUCUAUCAUAUCAGGAACGUUGAACACUUCUUCAGGGGGAGUUUGUGCCAGUUGUCGCCAAAAUCAGUUAUUUGUUUUAGAGUGGGCCAGGUGUUGUUUAGAUUAUGGUCUCGUAAAGGUGCGUACGGAUAGCGCGUUCCUGUGUUACGCGUAGUUGGGAAACACUGUCCACGCGUACAUUGAUACGCGUACAGCUCCUGUAUGGACCGCCGCGAACCUGUACGCGAGGUCAAUCGAUCCAGUGCACCACCACUGCUGCGGUUAGUCAUUAUUCAACACAUUUUAAAUAAAAAAUGUAGAAACAAACGGAAACCUAGAUGGUGGAUGAAAAAAUUGUAUCGUGAAAGAUUACAGUGUGGAAAUAGGCUAAUGGAAGAUAUAAAUUAUGAAGAAAGUGGGGACAAACAUUUUGUGAGAAUGAGUUUGCAAGAUUUUGAAAUAAUUCUUGAAAAGGUUGAACCUAAAAUAAAAAAAUGAAUACUAAUUUUCGAGAAGCUAUUACAGCCAUAGAAAGGCUAUCCUUGACGUUAAGGUUCUUGGCCACCGGGGACUCAUAUACAAGUUUACAAUAUCUGUUUCGCAUAUCUAAACAGAGAGCUAUCCCACAAGAACCGGUGAAAUUCAUAAAGUUGAAUCAGUCUGAUAAUAUUUUCAUUAUUAAAACACGAAGAACACUCGUGUUUGCCGUCCAAAUGUAGCGUAGCCGGCCCCGUGCGUCCUCUGACGCGCGACAAAAAACCGACUGUCGAUCGGCUCGCGCUCGAGUUGGUGCCGAAUACGCGUACCAGGGUACGCACAAUCCGUACGCACCUUCAGGGAUGCGGAUCUGGAAGCUGGUCGGGAUUCACGUACCAUUGCUUUGUUUCUCAGAAUUGGAUUCUAACACAAUAAAUGCCAGAUCACUUGCUAAGACAUUAGCAUACCCUUCGUCAAUAUUCUUAUCCAUAUUUACUUGCUGUUCGACCUUUUUUAGACCCUCUAAGUAGGCGAUGAACGGGUGUCCCCAGUGUCUGAACGCUCCGAAGACUGUUAAUGCUAGGUCUACUGAAUCAAUCUGGAGUAUCACCCUACUAAGUUCAGUAAGACCGGGAGACUCCCCGGCUGUGUCAUUUAUGAUUGAUAGUACGUGUUCUUUAAAGUCCGGGAAUUCCGUGAUUAGGGGUCUGUAGGCACUUGCAAGCUCAGAUAUUCUAACAGUGCUGAUAGGUUCUAUUAGUUUAAUUGCUUUGUAUCCAGUGUUCCAAUGACGGGAAAGGAUCCUGUCUCCUAGUAAGUAUAUUUUGUUCAAAAUCUUCGUCAUCGGGACGAAAUUUAUUGUCUACUCGCUUAAUCAUCGAAAAUAAUGUCUGGAAUCGUGCUAUGAAAGUGUCCUUGCACAUUAUUAACAUAUUCCGAUCAAGUAUCAUCUUUUCUUCUAAAAAGAAACUGAAUCCUCCUACGACAAGGAUUCUUCCGAAAUUCGACGAGUGGUAAAUCAGACUUUGCGGGAAUUCCGAUGAAUGCCUUUUUCCCCCUCAAUUUUGAUGAUUCAGACCUCUCUGCAUCAUCUAAAGCAUUCAAUAUUAAUGUCGCAAUAUGAAGAUCUAAGAAAUACGCCCCCCACUUCUUGAUCGCGGUUGGAUAGCAGGCCUUGUUAGGAUUUUCUUGUUCUUUAUUGAGCCAUCCUGUAAUAAAAGCUCUCACAACUUCAAAGGUUUGAGAUGAGUCCUCCUGAGUCAGAUCUAGCAACUCGCUAAUCUUCCUAUCAUCCACUCGGUCAUUAGGCCCUUAGUCCCAAACCACUUCUGAAAUUCAGAUGUUGGAGAAAAUAUGGAAGUAUCAGGAACUGUUUUUUGAAUGACCUCUUUCCUGUUGUCAUUUGUUAAAAUAGCUGUUACACAUUAAGAAAAACACUUUUUAAACGGAUUAAAGCUAUGUAUUAUUAUUAAAACUUAUAGUUAUUUACAUAAUUUAAAAAAAUUCCGAUGUUUCGCGUACUUUUCAGCGUUCGUUCACCGUGACUACGCACGCUGAAAAGCUACAUACAAAAAAUACAUGUCUUUAAUCCGUUUAAAAAGUGUUUUUCUCUUUCCUGUUUCCAAAUGUUGAUAUUCCAAGACUUUCAAAACGGUUUUCCGCGAAGGUACUUUCUAAACUCCUCUACCUCAUCACUAAUUAGUGGCGAAUUAAGAGAAUAAUCUGAUAAAUACUCAGUCCUGUUCUCCCUAUAAAACUGAUCAUAUUCUUCAUCCGUAAUAGCUGACAAAUUGGUUGAAGAAGGAUUGAUGCUCUCGUCAUCUCCGAAAGUUGACAUUGUUAUGUGUGUUCUGGCUAGCUAAGCCAGCCUAACUCCUUCCAACAGCACUCAACAACAUAAGCGCCCUGGGUACUUCGCAGUCUUCACGGAGCGACCUCAUUGAUCCGAGGAUUUCUGCACGUUGUUUACGUGGGUGACUGAUUCCUCUGCGCUGAAACAGGCUGAAUAUGUAGUUAUUAACAUGUUCUAUUCCUAUGCGUUAUAUGUUUGUGUGUUACAAUAAAGUGUUUUUUAAUAUUAUAUAAAAUUCUAAUUUUGAUCUUUUUAACAUCACUAGAUUCAGAAGUUAAUGUUAAAUUUCAAUGAAACAGUCAAUAUUAAUCUUACAUCUGGGUCCAUGAGUUGUAAAAAAGAAGUAUUUUUUAAUGGCACUAAAACAUUAUUUUUUUAUUUUCACUUGAUCGUACCUAUUUCUAACCCUCAACUUGUUGCGUAGAUAAUAAUAAUUCAACGUAAACAGUUGUAAAACGAACGACAAUCACAAACGCACGGUGCGUUUUUUUUGUGUUCCAUCACAAAAACUGAUCAUAUUAUGUUGCGUGUCGGUUUAGACAUUCUGCUUCCGUCGUCCGUCAGGUUAAUUAUAUUUUUUAGGUUUAGGAGAAGUUAUGGGUUUUUCCAAUAAGGACUCGAUAACUUUUUUUCAAAAUAAAAUGAAAACCAUUUGAGAUAUUUCAAAAGCUUUAUUAUCCGGUUGAAGUACAUUGAAAACAUUUAUGAAUGGAAUAAAUGGCUCACUCGUUCUGUUACGCGGAAAUUGCUUGGGAUCUUUUAAAAAAAAGAUAAUAAUGAUUUCCACAUAAGUAUAUUAAGUUAGAUUAUAAUUCACAAAGAAAAUAGAAAAUAAAAUAAGAGCACGUAUUAGAGUUAGGAGAAGGACUCGUUUGAUGGGAAUGUAAGGUUGUUGAUGCAUGGGAAGAAAUGAUGACGAGGAUAUAGCACAGGGUAUGUCAGCAAUAUAGGAUGCAUAGAGGAGUUGUAACAGUUCGCUCGUAUGGCCCCAUUUUUCCAUGACUCGGCCACACAUUUCGCUUUCAAUGUAUGUAGGCUUUGAGCUCUUUCAACGUCGUCGGCUUAUUAACAUAGACCAAUGACUUGACGUAGCUCCAAAGAUUCUCUAAAGUGCGUGCGUGCGAUUUAAAGACUCUUUAAAUCGAUAUUAUAGUCGAGUCAAAAAGUAAAUAUUUGUAACAACAGGAAUGAAAAAACUGUCACAUGGUGUACAUUUUCUGGAAUAAAAGGAAAAUUUCUAUAACUUCAAAAAUACAUAACUAUGUCCCAAAUUUCGACUUGACGUCGACUUUUGGGACACCCUGUAUAAUAUGUUGUAUAUAUACUAAUGUUGUGACAACGACAAAUUAGUCGGACUUGACACUCCGGAUAUGACCCCAUCCGCUGCGCGCAGCGGGUAGAGACUGAGUCUCCCCGCGCGCCUGCAGCCCUCACCAAGGGCUAUAUGCCCGCCCCCGUACCGCCCUGUAUCAGCAGGGCGCGAAUAAAAACACCACCUGAAGGGGGCAUACGCCCCGAACAGGAUAAAACAUCCCCCUCGCGAGGGAGGGUGUAGCAUAGACCAACUGGAGACAAAUUAGUCGGAAAGGGGCUUCGACCUUACGAUCAAGAACAAUGAAGACGUAGCUUCGGCCUUUAAAGCUAUCAAAAUUCUCCAAGAAACAAGACCUGGCUGUAUGGACUAAAGUCCUUUGCCUUUCCCAUUAGGGAUAAAUUAAUAUCAUUAGUCAUUCUCAGUAGGUAACUUCCAUGUCAUAGUGACACAAGUGUUGUAAAGCUGACACUUGAUAUUUGACAAAUGCAUUUGCUAUAGGUACCAUGAACCGUGUACGCAACUUUAAAAAAUUGUUUUUAAAUUCUAACUUAAAAAAUAUUUAUUUAAACUUUACCUGUUAAUAAAAUCCCAGAUUUAAUUUGAUUACAAUAUAAUACUAUGUCAGACGAAGAUAAUGAGGAUUUACCUUCAAUAUUAUUUAAUGAUUAUCGUAAAAAGUCGGGUGACUUUUCUAUGCCCUCUGCUGAUAUAUUGGCAUCACAAAGAGCAAGAGAGCAAGAGUGUAUGCAAGAGCUUCAAGAUCUGAGGUCACAAUUUGAGAAACUGGAUUAUAAAGGCCAGUUAGUGAGGCAAGCAAGUAACUCAAGUGGCUCAGAAAGUGAAGCUUCACUAACUACAGCUGUUGAGGCACUACAUGUAGAGCAAUUUGUGCAGCAAGCUGUGCAUGCUCCAACUCCUAAUGCCUUGUUGCAUUCCUUGCUUGGUGCCCCUAUAUUGCAGCCCUACGACCUCUCCCUGCUAAACUACUCUGCACUUCUACUAGAAACUAAUGAUAAGGAGCUCAUUUUAAAUACUUUAAAUCAAAUAGUAUUAGAUAUCAGGCAGUGCAUAAAAAGAGGAAAUCAGAGUGAGAACUUGUUAGAAGAUGAAGAUACUAUAGUACUAUGUUGUUGGUUGUGUGCAUCCAGUAUUUGGAAUGGCCCUCAGCCUUGUGGCUCAAAUGCAGUGCUGUCAGAGCUGCUAAAGCUGGCAGCACCAAAUGUAGUAGAAACAGUAGCAGGCGCACUGACUACAGCACUGCAAGAACCUCAUGCUUUAGUGGAAGCCAGUGAUUCAGUAUGGGGACAUACUUUGGGACAGAGAUGCCUUGCUGGCCGCCUUCUGGCUGCUGCCAUGGAUGCACUAGCGCCUUGUAGUGACUCAGUUACCUCACCUUCCCUCACUGUAACCGUUGUGUGUGGACGACUAAGAUGUGUGUGGCGUGAACUAAAUGCAGAGGAACGCCAUGCCGCGCUUAUGGUGGCAGGACGGGUAGCGGUUCAUGCUGAGCCUGAAAUUGGUGAACUUAAGGCACUGCGGGAUCUGUUAGCCCUCUCUAUGCAAGCACCUGCCCUACCUUUGCGACAGUCCCCAGACUAUCUUCGGAUCCAAGUUGCGUCUUCAAGAUUACAGAUACUGUUUGAAGUGAACAACAUACCAUCAAUAGACUCUUAAGCCAUGGUAAUAUUAUUAAAAUAAUUGUUGAUCUUUAAUAAACUGAAGAUAGAU